CUCCCCUUGUUGCCAUGGUGGGCGGUGUUUGCGUAAUGGCUGGAAGUUACAUUACAUAUGCAGUAUUCACGAAGUCAGAUGUUGUUGUUAACAAAUCUGGUAAUCCCUGGCCCUGGCAGAAUGUGGACUCCAGCAAACCACAAAAGCUCAUCACAGUGCAACAAGCAUACAAGCCUAUUCCCGAAUUAGAAGCACUCCGACGAGAUAUUGGAUCACCAGCUCACCCACGUGCAGCGUCAUCGUAAAUUCUUGUAACUGCCUCAAUUUCUUAUGAAUUACACAGAUUAUUUUCAUUAUAUUUAAUUUUAUGCCUAUAUUCAAGGGAUCUAGGAUUCUUUGAUAUUGUAUUAACAUCGACUGGGUGACGAUUCCCGCCCAAUGUACAUAGUAAUGAAAUAAAGGAAUUAUUCUUUAUAUUUAAGAAAUAUAUUCUCAUUACGCGGUCGUGUUGAUACUAUCGUUAUAAUGUUGGGAGAAUUACAUUGUUAUGGUCACCAUCCUUGCAUGAUAGUAGAUACCGUCAUUGCGUGGGAAAUCGUUUCUAUUACCAUGCUAUAAUUAGUCUAAUACUUCACAUAUAGUUAUGUUACUCAAGAGGAUUUCGUUAAUUCUCCGAAUUUACAUUCAUUGAAUUCUUCAGAUGGUGUACUUUGUUCAGCCGAGCAAUAGACAUAAUGUAUUUCUUUCCUUUUUAUAUAUUUGAAUGUUGUCAUUCAUUCUCAUACAAAUCUUUAGUGGGUGAUCAUGUGACCGCAAAGACUCAAAAGUUCUAUUGAAGUUGACAUAUAGUCCGUGAACGAGGAUAAGACGUUCAUUCGUGUAGCAAACAAUUUACUUUUACAAAAUCUCAACUUGUCAUAUUUUAUUAACCGUGAUGCUAACAAGCAUGUCUCGAUGAUGUGUGGAAUGUGGCCCGAGAAUGUGAAUACGUAUCUCUCACUGAAACAUUUGCGGUCUGGUAUAGAUAACGCAUAUCAUGUUCAUUACUUUCUGUUUACAUGGUUAUGAACCAUUUCGUACGAGGUUAUCAACGAAUUAGUCUUGCAUUUUUCAAAUUUUAUCGAUCGGAAAUAAACGCGAAGGGAAUUCUAAACGAUGUCGUCCCGCGUGCCGAUCACGAGUGAAUUCACAUGAGGAAAUCAACGAUGAUUAUUUUUGUAGCAAAUUUUACCGAAAAUUAUUCCCCUCCUAAUGCUUCAACAAUAUUUCGGCCAUGUAUGAUUUAACCACAAUGUUUCUCUAAGAGGAAAAACCCUACACCACUAUGAUGAGCAUCUACGCAUGCGUAGCUUCGCUCUUCUCAUUCAAUAAUCAAUAUAGCCCCGAGAGAUGUAAUCUAUUUUAGGACCACAUUCCCGCGUCACGCACAGCUGGAAGUAUCGACAUAUCAAAACAAAGUUAAUCAUUAUACGGAAUUACAAUGAUAUUUGGACACAUAACAGACAGUGUAGUGUGCUACACCCGUUUAUUAAAACGAAAACCAACAUGUACCACUGUGUACUGUGCUUGUAUUAUGAUUACUCAUAGUGUCAAAGGAAUGUAUUGAGUUGUUCAGUAACUGUAGCUGAAUCAGCUCAACUACGAUUUUAUCAAUUGUUCAUUAUUUUUUUUGAACGACGUUAUAAAAAAACACAAAAAACAAACAAAAAAACAAUAGUACUACUGUAACAGGCAAUAUGCGUACUCUGAUUUGCAGUGCGUCGUUAUAUUGCCUUAUUACAUCAAAUUAUCAUGUGACUUGAAAUGAGACAGAACCAUACGCCGCCUUCGAAGCGUGCCUACCAACUAAUUGAAUUUUGAGUCUUUGCGGAAUUCACGAUUUAAAUAAGAUUGCAGUGUGCAUCACUUUCUGUGCAUGUAUUGUGCCCAAUUCUCUUUAUUUGGACUAUACAACCCUUGCGCAAUUCAAGUAUCCAUAGUACAUAUCAUACUCAAAAUGUUUAGCGGAAAUUAAAAAAGAAAAAUACUUGAGAUUUUUCAAAUCUUACACAAUAAUAUAUGCAAAGAAAUUAUUUGAAAUUAUUUGAAAAGCUAUUUAGCUUUAAAUAUGACGAUAUUUAAUAAUUUAUUUUGAAUAAUAUGAAAAUUUAUGUUUUAAGAUAUGUUUAUCUCAGUUAUAGUACUAAUGUCCUAUACCAUCAUGCAUCUCAAUUUUAUUUUAGUGCCGUGGGCAGUUUGUUGCUGUUAUUUUGAAAAAUAAUCAUGUCAUUGAAUAAAGUGACCAAAUAUGAACA